AUGGCCGCGGUGGCGGCUUGCAGGCGAUUAGGGAAAAUAGGAACCAAUUUUCCCCUUCCAUUGACUGGGUUUGGUGGCUUUGGAAUCGGAGCUUCCAAAUUUUCCCCUUACAUUUUUGGUUCUAUGCAUUAUUCUCAAUUUAUUAAAUCAAAGGGAAAACAGUUAUUUCUUGUUGACACAUUAGCCCUUGUUAAGAAACUUGAGGCGCAAGGAGUGCCUUCAAUGCAAGCUGAGGCAAUAACUGCUGCUAUAACUGAGGUGUUGAAUGAUAGUUUGGAAAAUGUCUCUCAAUCAUUGGUAUCAAAUGAAGAAAUGGAGAGGACUGAGAUGCUUCAAGAAGCCAAUCUUUCCAAAUUCAAAGCAGAAGUGCAGAGCUCACAGGGACACCAUUUUUCUCUACUUCAACUCGAGACUGAGAAGCUUAGAAAUGAUAUAGAGAAGAUGCGUAGUGAAUUGAGGUAUGAGAUAGAUAAAGUAACGGCUGGACAGCGGUUGGAUUUAAACCUUGAAAGAGGGAGAAUAAGGGAGGAGCUAACCAAUCAGAAUGCUGAAACUAACAACCUGACUAACAAACUUGAUAGAGAGAUCCAUGCUUUAAGGGCUCAGCUAGAAGCAGCCAAAUAUGAUGUGAUAAAAUACUGCAUAGGAACACUUGUUUCAAUAUCCGCCGUUGGCCUCGCCGUUCUUCGUAUCUUGAUGUAA